CAAUGUCUGAAUCAAAAUCUUUAUUAAUUAAUAUUAUAAGUCCUGAAGGAAUGAUUACAAAUUUUAAUAUAACAUCAGAUAUGACUAUUAAUGCAAUCAAAAAUAUUGCAAUAAAAUAUUUUUAUGGUGAUGAUACAUCAAGAAAUCCAAGUGAUUUUCGUUUAAUUCAUUCAACUAAAUUCAAAUGUCUCUUAGAUAAUUAUAAUAUAACAAAUGAAAACAUUAAUGAAAAUGAGGAAUUAAUGUUAAUAAACAUUCGUUCUAUAUCUACGAAUGACGAUUUAUCUGAAAAGGCUUUAAAAGGUCCAAGUAAAGAAUUAAUAUUACAAGUAACAGAAAAUUUACCUAUACGUAAUCCACCUAAACAUAUUCCUUCACUUUAUUGUCCUGCAGAUUUUCAAAAUGAAGUGCGAAAAAUUUUAAUAACACUUGUAAAAGCAUCAGCAAGAAUUAUUUUAUACAGUCCAGAAGCACAAAAAUUUUGUGAUAUUUUAAAAGAAAAAUUAGAAGCAAGAUGUAAACCAAAUAUUAAUCCAAAUGCUAUAAAAACUCUUACAGAAAUGGGUUAUUCUGAGAAAAAAGUCUUAAAAAUUCUUCGCUUACGAAAAUCAAAUAUAAUGGAAGCUUUAGAAUGGUUAACAGAACAUCAAAAUGACCCAGAAGAUGAUGAUAAUGAUUUAGAUUCAGAAUCUAUUGAAACAGGAUGUCAAGAUUUAAAUUUAAAUAAGGAAGAGAAUAUACUUAACAUAGUAGAUCGUUUAUUAAAAAAUUAUCAUCACUGUAGAAAAAUAGAUUUUAAACCUAAUUCUAGAGCAGUACAAUUAUUAUUAGAAAUGGGAUUUGAAGAAAGCAAUAUUAUUGAAGCUCUAAAAAUUACUGGAAACAAUCAAAUUAAUGCUUGUGAAUGGUUACUUGGAGAAAGAAGACACAGCUUACAAGAUUUAGAUAAAGAACUUGAUUCGGAUAAUCCAAUUUAUAAAGCAAUUAUGAAUGAUCCUCGCAUCCAACUUAGUCUUACAAAUCCUAAUAUGCUACUUGUAUAUUUAUCCCUAUUGGAAACACCUGUAGCUAUAGGUGAACGAAUAAGGGAUCCUGAAAUAGGACCGGUACUUGAUCAUAUUAUUGCAAUGUAUCAUGCUGAAAAACAUGCAAUUCAUAUGAAUCAAUAUGUAAUUGACUUUUAAUAAGAAAAUUACUUUUUAAAAUAAAUAACAUAUUAUAAGCAAUAUCAUUAAAUAAAUAUUACAAUUUGUAAAAAAUAUUAAAAUUUUGCAAAUUCUAAUAAUAAAAGUUUAUAAUAAAUAUAUUAAUAAAAUUAAUUAACUAGCAACA